UCUCAAGUCACGAUUUCCCUCAAUGCUCUUCGCGAUCCGUAUCCCGGUGAGCGUUGCGCGGCUUCAAAACAAGUAUAGUAGACUCUGUGAGUAGCGUAGCCCGCACUUCAGGUCUUUUUCUUUCGCCUUUCGCUGUCUUGUCAUGAAAAUUAGAGACCGCCCUCCUGCGAAGAUAAUUUAAUAAUUCAGACCGAAAAAGCGCUCUCCCGAGCGAACGAAGAAAUCAAAUUGUGGUCCUUCAAGAUGACGCUUGCGUAUCCCGUUGCGUUUCGCCAAAAAAAUGUUUCACCGAAAAAGAGGCAAUCUAUCUAUCGAGAGGUAUUUCACAUUCACGCCUCUAUUUUUUGCUUCAAUAAACAUAGUAAAAUUUAAAGGGGCCGAACACAUUUAUUUUGAAUGGAGCAGGAGCACCCUCAACCUGCACAACCACCAGAGUUGCGACACUAGCAGAUGACAGAAAGACUCAGCACACUGUUUUCCACAGGGUGUUUGGAGUUGUCUUGUUGUGCAUCACUGGCAAUCAGAAAUGGUGCAGCCAAAAGUUGUACCACUGAAACCUUGAACCAUUCAACAGCACAUUGGUAUCGCGACGAUCCUUUGCCUCAAUAAUUUCGAACUCGAAG